AUGGAAAAUUCAUUAGAUGUUAUCGUAGAUUAUUUGGUCGUUGGAUUCGGUCGAAAUUCUGAAUUGUCGUUUGGCUGGGGGUUACACGCCACUAAGGGGAGGCUGGAUGCCAAUGUGAGAUGGCUGGAUGCCAAUGUGAGAUGGCUGGAUGCCAAUGUGAGAUGGCUGGAUGCCAAUGUUAGAUGGCUGGAUGCCAAUGCUAGAUGGCUGGAUGCCAAUGUUAGAUGGCUGGAUGCCAUUGUGAGAUGGCUGGAUGCCAAUGUGAGAUGGCUGGAUGCCAAU